CAUAAAAAAUUAAAAAUGUCUUCCGAAGUGGAGGUGAGUACAAAAAGUGGUUUCAAGCUCCCUGAAGUGGUCUGCUUCGGAUAUCAUAAGCACUAUCGUUCUGAUCAAAUGCGCGUGACAGACGAUGGGAAAGAGGCCAAGAAAGUAGAUCCAGAAGUGAUAUAUGCCAAAGGUGUGGUGUAUUCCGAGAGACCAGUCAAAGGCCGGGCUGAGUUCGAGGUAGAGGUGAUAUCAUACGGGACCUCUUGGUCAGGGAACUUAAAACUAGGCGUGAUGAGACACAAAUCAGACAAAGAACUCAAUCCUUUAAAGAUCCCUCGCUAUACCCCUGAAUCCCCAGAACACUGUGUGUGGUGUGCGAGUAAACUCCAUGAUCAUGUCACAUCUAUGACAGAGGUCGCUUACGGCGAGAUAACACUAGACGACUUGAAAGAGGGAGAUAAACUGGGUAUCGUAAUAACGGAGAAGGGAGUCCUCUCUUUUCUGGUAAAUGGAAAACCCCAGGGUACUGCGACUCAUAAUAUCUACAAAACGGGACAUGAUGUGUACAUAGUCGUUGAUCAUUAUGCUAACUGUAAAGCAACACGAAUAACAAGAGCAAUAAUGAGAGUAGACCCAACGUUACAGGAACUAUGUCUCGAUAAGAUAGCAUCAUGUUUAGAAAGAAAAGAACAAAUUGAUACGUUACCAUUACCCAGUCAUUUCAGACUCAUCCUUCAAGACUAUAAUUAUCCAGGGAAAGAUUUUAGUACAUGAUGUCAGCUUAUUAUGUUUCACAUGACAUAGUCUCAAUUAUAUUUCGAUGUUAGCUUAUCGACACACCUUUUUCUCUUCUCUAUCCAUCUAUUUAUCUAUCUUUUAUAAUCAA